GCACACGGUAAGUUAACAUACGUGAUUUAACAAAUCAGCGUAAACAUGACUCACGCUUAAUGAAUGUUUGCAAAUGUUGGACAUAUUUAUAUUCUUAUAUGCUUAUAUUAUUUAAGCACUUGUGUUAGAAUUAAAUAUUCUCCUAUAAACAUGAGGUAAAUUUUAAACUUCUUGAAAUACGUAAAUACACAAUUGAUAAACAAAAACAUGGGAUGUUUGGAACUGCAAGACGCACAAUGAAUGGAAAAGAGAAGAAUAGCUCAGUUUUGAAUCACACGUAGCGGCAUCUAUAAAGAGACAAGUAAAGGAAGUGUAACAUUUUGUAAAUAUGGCAACAGCCCAACCAUUACAAGACCGAGUUCAUCUGUUUCGUCUCCAAACUCUUAUUAUAGAUGGAGGCACUACAGUCAUAAGGAAUAUAAUUCAUCAAAAGAGCUCCAAUGUUCCGUUUAAUGUGUUUCUUAGUCAUGAAAAGAGAGCAGUAAAAACACUGAGGAGCAAGAAUACAAUAACGAAAGCACAGUACAAUCUGCUGUAUCCACAAGGUGGUAAUCUUCCUUCUGUCACUGACAUCGACCUGACUCUUGCAACAUGCCUGCUGAGAAAUCUAAAUAGUUUCGGGCUAAACCCUAACUAUAACUGGAGUGCAACACCGCAGCAAGCUGACACUUCCGUUGAGGCAGACUUAUGUCGUCUUAGAAAUACACGAAAUGAUAUAGCGCAUAUGGCGACUACAACCGGAAUAGACCAGGCAACAUUUCAGAUCAAGUGGAAGGAAGUCGAACAGGUACUUCUCAGACUGAAUAACUCUGUUCCAAAUGCGAUUCCCAAUCUUCAACAAGAGCUUGACGAGUAUAAAAACAACCCUCUUGAUCCAGAGGCUGAGGAAAAAAUAGAAGAAGAAAUAGAAAAGUUGCAAGAAAUGGAGAAAAACCUCGAAAUUGAAGUACAGACUGUAAAAAAGGAGUUUGAAGAUGUUAAGGGAAAUGUUAAAGGAGUAGAAGAAGAUGUUGCUGCUGCACAUAGAAAGAUUGAAGAGUUGAAAGUGCGAACAAUAACAGGUGGGAAUUUACCUUUAGCCUUUUUAAUACACGCGUUACGUGUUCGAUAUGUACAAAAAAUCUGUAAGAAAUCAUAAAUCAUUA